AGUGCUUUGGAUGUGACAAAAACAUGAACGAGUCGGUGAAUAUCGUUGCAAUCGUUUCUAAAUUAUUAGAUUCAGAGAAGUAUAAAGAAGCCUUGAGUAUACCUUAUGAUGAAGAACAUAUAGAAAAUUUCAAAGAAAACUGUUGGGAAAUAGUAUCAGUUAUCAUAAAGAAAAUUGAUGGUGAUACUCUUACUAUUAAACCUUCUUUGUAUGCAGCAUGUGAACAACUUCUAUCAAUCAUAUUAGAAAGAUCUACUCCAGAAGAGGCACUUUUAGUAUUCAUUGAACAAAUUGAACUUGCAAAGAAUGAUGCCCAAUUUUCUGUCUCUCUAACACCAUUGCAACAAGUACUUAAAAAGCUAUCUGGAAAGCGAGGAAGAUCAUUAGAAUGGUGUUUCAAUUCAAUUAGAACUUAUAUUGAGGGCAUAUCAAUACCUGAUCUGAAUCUAGAAGAAAAAGAAUGUUUGUUACUAGAUAGUAUUCCGAAUUUUAGAAGGAUUACAAAGAUAUAUUCUAUGUUACCAUUGUUUUAUGAUCCUUUUAUUGAUGAAAUUAUGAAAUCCAGUACUGAUAAUACUAAAGCAAAAGAAAUAGUCUCUGUAUUUUUAAUCAGCCUUUUAGUGUUCAGGACUCAACACAGAUUCAUUUUACCUCUAAGUUCUGUUAAUAUAAGAAAUAUUCAAGGAACAGUAAAGGACUACAAUCACAGUGAAGUUAGAACAGAUAUAAAAAUUGCUUCUGUAGUAACAGAAAAUGAGGAUCACCAAUAUGAACAAAAUGUGAAAGAUGUUAUUUUGGAGAGAGCUUUAGAAUUUGUUUCUCAAACUGGAUGGUCAGUAGAGUCUUUGAGUGCAGGUGCAAAAUCAGCUGGCUAUCCCACCAUUACUCAUGGCCUCUUUCCAAAUGGAGGUGGUGACUUAAUUCACUAUUUUAAUAUUAAAUGUAAUCAACAAUUAGCUGAGCAAAUGAAACUGUGGCCGCAGGAAGACUUAAAAGGAGGGUCAAAAGUUCCAGCAAAGUUUAUUGAAAAUGCUAUAGUAACAAGGCUACUCAUGAUAAAACCAUACAAGAGUACAUGGCCUAAGGCAAUGGCAAUACAAACUCUUCCAAACAACGUUCCAAAUGGCUUAGCUACUUUAUUAUCGUUAGUGGAUGAUAUAUGCUAUCAUUCAGGCGACCGUAGUGUUGAUUUCAACUGGUAUAUUCGCCGUGUGGGUUUGGCUGGAAUAUACAAAGCUGCUGAAUUGUUUUAUUUAACUGACAAUAGCCAAGAAAAUAAUGCUACUAGGAGUUUUGUAUCAUCCAGGAUACGAGAUGCUCAAGUAAUACAGGGUGCUCUAAACUUAAACCCGGUUACCGCCGCCCCACAAACAUUAACUGCAGCCUUUGUUACAGCUAAGAACAUCCUAGGGAUUAACACUUUGAAAUGAAUUCUACUUUUAUAAGAAGAUAGUUGGUACAUUUAGUUGUGACAAGUCCAGAAAGUAUUAAUUGUUGAAUAUUAAAGAUGUUGUUCUCAAA